AUGUCGUUCACUGUCACUGAGCCGCACCCAACGGUGCCCGCCAACGCCUACACUUACUCUGGACGCGGUGGCCUCGGCAACACGUUCCGGGCCCCGGCUACCACUCCGGCCGAAGGUGUGCCUACGACCCUGACCAGGAUCGGCUCUGCUUCCUCAUCAUCCCCUGCCACCGGCACCGUCCGCUAUUAUGCCGGCCGCGGAGGCGCUGGGAACGCCCAUCCCGUCUCACAGCGCCGCGAGCUCUCGCUGGACGACGAGUAUGUCUAUGCCACCGCUGUGGCCGGCGCGGCGACAUCAGGCCAUGUCGGCCGUGGCGGCGCCGGCAAUGUGUUCUCGUCCAAGUCCCUGUCGGCCCACUUCCAGAAGCCAAAGAAGAGCAACCGGCGGAAGGAGAGCGAUGCCAGCACGAGCACCAGUGGCAGCAGCGACGGAAACAUCCGCAGCGGCUUCUGGUCGCGGUUUCGCUCGUGA